UCUCCGUUUGCGCUCAUCUCAACCUGCACCCGCUGCGUCCGAUGGCCGAGGCUCACCUGACGAUCAACACCAGCGGGCCGUCCAGGCCCUUCCCGCCAGGAACUCAGACCGCCCGACGGUCUGUUCCCUUCUCGGCCGAGGCUCAGCGCUGCAGAGCGUUCAUCCUGGACCUGGAGCCCAACCUCCAGCGUAUGGGGCAGAGUCUCUGGUGGACCUUUGAGGUAGAGCAUGGCACCCAAUCUCUGAACAACUCUGCCCGCGCCAACACCCUCGCCAAUAAACUCCACCGGCUGCUGGCGAGAUGCUUCAGAGGCAAGGAGAUCCGAAUCCAUGUCUUUGGCUCGGCCGUCACUGGCCUUGGCAUCGCCAACUCGGAUGUCGACUGCUGCAUCGAGUUCUGCGAUGGCGCCCUCCCCUUCGAGGUCCUCAAGGGCAAGUGGGUCUACCAGGCCGCCCACAUUCUUCGGGCUUGCGCAAUGGAGGAGGUGGUUCCAGUGGCCUCGGCCAAGGUGCCGAUCUGCAAGUUUUACGAUCCGCAGCUCGGGCUGCGCUGCGACCUGUCGGCGGGCAACGUCCUUGGCGUCUACAACUCGCAUCUGAUCCGAUCGUACGUCAACAUGAGCCCGAUCGUCAAGCCGCUGAUCAUCCUCAUCAAGAUGUGGGCCAAAGCGAGGGGCAUCAACAACGCUGGCGAGGGCACGUUCAGCUCGUACUGCCUGGCCCUGAUGGCCAUUCACCACCUGCAGCGCGAAGGCAUUUUGCCGUCGUUGCAAAGGGACGUUCCAGCCCACGCCCGCAAGAAGGUCACCGUUCCUCCCUUUACGCAACAGCAUCGACCCUGGCAAAACAGAAAGGCUGUGGCGCCUUCAGCUAGCAAAAGCAUCCGGUGGACAGACAUGUCCACCGACGAAGAGCCUGAUUAUGAAUACAGCCAUCCAGCAAACCGCCAGAAUCCCAAGAGCGCGAGCAGCUCCGACAAAGGCUCUGGAAAGCAUGUAUUCAACUACGACGGCUAUGAAUACGACGAUGAAGAUGAAGAUGAAGACGAAGAUGAAGAUGAGGAUGAAGAUGAAGAUGAUGAUGAAUAUGAAGAUGAAGAUGAAGAAGACUACGAUCUUGAUGAAGAGGUCGCUAUGGCUAUCUACAUGGCUGACCGCUGGGACCGUGACGACAAGUAUUUUUCGCCGUAUAUGCGGACUGAAUUCGGCACCAAUCUGCUCAGGACGCUGUUGCGGAGCCGCGGGGUCGACAUCGACGCCUAUUUCGAUGACGAAGAUGACGAGUACGAUGAUGACGAAUACGAUGAUGACGACGACGACGACGAAUACGAUGAAUAUUACUAUGAGGACUAUGACAUUGACGAUGACGGGAGCCCAGGCGAUCCCGAUUUGGUCAGGGCUCUCACGAAGAUGUUCAAGCGCAUGGUCUCCACAUCCGAGAAGCCACUGCCCCGAACACACGUGCUGAUGGAGACCCUUGCCGAUACCACCAUCCGGGUUGACGUGUCCUAUCGGCAGGUCGAUUCGCCGUCUGCUGGUGGCGCCGACCGUCCGCAAGUGGAGCACAGCAAGCUUGCCACGGUGCUCGCACGCUUCUUCCACUACUACGCUUUCGAACACAGCUAUGAUGCCGAUCACAUCAUAUCGAUCCGCAAAGGCCGGGUUCUGACCCCAUGUACCCCGCCGCUGCACGCAUGGAAGACCCGAAAGGGCAGCUGCCUGGUUGUCGAAGACCCGUUUCUAGUGGAUCGCAACUGCGCCGGCACCGUCUUUGGCUCCCUGGAACGAAUCCGCAGCGAGUUUCGUUAUGCUUGCACGACUCUCCGCAGCGUCAAGCACGGAGGCGGCGCGGAGUGGCUUCAACGACUGUUCGCGGCCGCUUCGCCGUCAGUUAGUAAGCCCAAAGCAAAGGCCGGCGGCGCCGAGGUCCGGACGGCGCAGGUGGACCAACGACAGGCUUCAGCAAGCUCGAACGAACAUGGCAUCGUGGAUCUGGAUCUGAAUCUCAAGGAUAGAUUCAAUGCUUUGCUUCAAAAAGAUCGCAUCGGCAGCGAUGAGGAUGUCGAGGCUAUUCUCAAGCAGAUCCAUGUCAUCAAGUCGCGUGCCGGACAGAUCAAGAAGCGUGGCACUAUUUCCGAUCUUCGCCAUGCGGAGGCCCAGAUUGACGAGCUCUAUGAGCGGGGUAUUUCUCUUCUCGAGCGCCGUCAGUCGGCACCAGCUCAGACCCUCACAAUCGGGCAUAUUUCGGUUGUCCCAUACGAACCGGCACCGCCCAGAUCGCCCGUAGUCCAUAAGACCGGCCUCGCCAUCGUCACUCCUUACGCUCAGGAAGACAGCGCAAUCCACAACAACAACGCCCCCUCGGCCAAGGCCAAGAAAGCCCCGCAGUCGUUUUCCAACGCUCGUGAACACUCCAAUGGACCUUCCAGACCAUACAUUGAGCGUCAAGCCGAGCCCUUGCAGACAAAGCGCCGAGGAAAGUGCUGGCACUGCUUCAAGAUCGGCCAUCACAAGAACGACUGCGUGGCCGUGUGCAGCAAGCCCAACUGCCGCGCACCGCAAUGCCAGUAGGCUCGAGCACGGGUCUGGACAGAGGUGGGAGUUUGUCUCAGGGCCGACUGCAUCUUCUGUUCGCCUAUUGGUUUCAUGUCGCUGAUCACGUCGUGUCUUUGCAGAGCCUGCUCCGUCGGCAGCAUCGGUCAGCAUGCGAUGGACACUCGCUGCGGCCUGCAUACCGCUCGCAACAUGACAACCUGGAUAGCUGUGGUGCGAUCAUGCGCUGCCUCAAUACAUUCUGCUUUGCCAGUGCCGUAGAGACAGCAG